AUAACAAUACCGCUUGUCGCUAUGCAAUUAAGUGCAAUUUUUAAGCGAAAAAGUCCACAAAUUUGGAAAAUAUGGACAAGACAGAAGGCUACAAUAUUAAAAAUUUCUACAACGCACGGAUUAAAUACAAGUUCAAAGAGAAUUUCAUCUAAACCAAGAAAUGAAGGGAACAAUAAUUUUUUAGUUAGUGCGGAAAAAUAUAAAGAAUUUUUGAAUUUGUUUCCUAUGGUAGUGAGUGACUUAACGAAUAAGAUUGCAGACCCAAAUCUUGUUGAAGCAAAUGUACACGACGAACUCCUGCGUUAUCUUGCCCCUUUUGGUAAAAAAUUGAGAGCUUCCAUUGUGUUCUCAACUUAUGAACAGCUUGAAAAGCCAGAAAAUAUUACACCGGAAAAUCUCAGAUUAGCAAUGAUUAUGGCUUGGGCUUUAGAAAUGCUACAAACAGCUUGUGUACUGAUUGACGACGUAAUUGACGAAGGAGUGAUGCGACGGAGCUCCGUCUGCUGGCACAGAAAAGAAAAUAUCGGCUUGCAUGCAACUAAUGAUGCAAUCCUCCUUGAACAAGGAACUUAUAUAUUACUCAGAAAAUAUUUUAGAAACCAUCACUGUUAUCUACCCUCGAUGCUGUUGUUCCAUGAUAUCACUCUGAAAACCGCUUUGGGAGAGGCUGCGGAUUCCAUGUCUGUCAAGAAUGGUAAACCUCAAUUGCAGCUUUUUACAAUGGAAAGAUUUAAGCGCAUUGCUGAACUGAAAACUGGGUUUUUCACUUUCUAUUUACCGAUAGCUUUAGGAAUGUAUAUGGCAAACAUAUAUGACUUGGAACUCCACAAAAAGUCUGAAGAUUUGUCCAAAGAUCUCGCAUUUCUGUUUCAAGUGCAGGAUGACUUCAUGGACUGUUAUGGCAACCCACAUAAAAUUGGUAAAAAGGGAACAGAUAUUCAACAAGGUAAAUGUUCAUGGUUUGCUGUAAUGGUAAUGGAAAAAGGAAAUUACUGUCAAAUAGAGACAAUGAAGGAAUGUUAUGGUCGAAACGAUCCUAAAGCAGGAGCAAGAAUUUUAAAGGUAUAUGAAGAACUAAACAUUGCAGAUCUAUAUAGACAUUGCUUAGACAACACUUUUAAUAAUAUACAAAAAAGCAUCAGACAAAACAUCUAUAACAAAAAUUUACAGUCAGUGUAUUUUAAAAUUCUAAAAUCCAUUGAGGGAAGAUCCUUUUAACAAAUCGCAGUCACGUCGUUCUUGGAUAAGCAGUGUUAAUAAAAACAUCAUUUUAAAAACUUAAUAAUACUUUUGCCAUUAAUAUUUUACAGA